GCCUCCGCCCUCUGGUCGCUGAUGCCCCUGGGGCGCCGCGCCGGCCGGCUCUGAAAGACUCCCCGAGGCUCCUCAGGCCCCCGGCCGCCCCGGCGAUGCAGGCUGGACGAGAAUGCGGCGGAGCGGCUGCCGCCGGCUGCCCCUUGCUGGGGCUGGCCGCGCUGCUGGCCGCGCUGCUGGGGACCCCCGCGGGUGCCACGGCGCAGCAGUACCACGGCGAGAAGGGCAUCUCCGUGCCGGACCACGGUUUCUGCCAACCCAUCUCCAUCCCGCUCUGCACGGAUAUCGCCUACAACCAGACCAUCCUGCCCAACCUGCUGGGCCACACCAACCAGGAGGACGCAGGGCUGGAGGUGCACCAGUUCUACCCGCUGGUCAAGGUGCAGUGCUCGCCCGAGCUGAAGUUCUUCCUCUGUUCCAUGUACGCGCCGGUGUGCACCGUGCUGGAGCAGGCCAUCCCACCCUGCCGCUCCCUCUGCGAGCGGGCCCGUCAGGGCUGCGAGGCCCUCAUGAACAAGUUCGGCUUCCAGUGGCCAGAGCGGCUCCGCUGCGAGAACUUCCCCGUUCACGGUGCGGGUGAGAUCUGCGUGGGGCAGAACACGUCGGAUGCCCCACCAGGACCUGGUGGUGCGGCGGGUCGGGGGAUCACUGCCCACCCCACAGCUGGCUACCUCCCUGACUUUCUUACCCCACCACAGCCACCCUCUGGCUUCUCCUUCUCUUGCCCGCGGCAGCUCAAAGUGCCCUCCUACUUGGGCUACCGGUUUCUGGGGGAGCGGGACUGCGGAGCCCCCUGUGAGCCAGCCCGGCCCAAUGGGCUCAUGUACUUCAAGGAGGCAGAGGUGCGAUUUGCCCGGCUGUGGGUGGGCGUGUGGUCUGUGCUUUGCUGCGCCUCCACCCUCUUCACCGUUCUCACCUACCUGGUAGACAUGCGUCGUUUCAGCUACCCGGAGAGGCCCAUCAUCUUCCUCUCGGGCUGCUACUUCAUGGUCGCCGUGGCCUACGCAGCAGGCUUUUUGCUGGAGGAGCGGGUGGUGUGUCUAGAGCGCUUCUCUGAGGAUGGCUACCGCACUGUGGCCCAAGGUACCAAGAAAGAAGGCUGCACCAUCCUCUUCAUGAUCCUUUACUUCUUCGGCAUGGCUAGCUCCAUCUGGUGGGUCAUCCUGUCCCUCACCUGGUUCCUGGCUGCUGGCAUGAAGUGGGGCCAUGAGGCCAUUGAGGCCAACUCCCAGUAUUUUCAUCUGGCCGCCUGGGCCGUGCCCGCUGUCAAAACCAUCACCAUCUUGGCCAUGGGGCAGGUGGAUGGGGAUGUACUCAGUGGGGUGUGUUACGUAGGUAUCUACAGUGUGGACUCGCUGAGGGGCUUUGUGCUGGCGCCUUUGUUUGUGUAUCUCUUCAUUGGCACUUCCUUCUUGCUGGCUGGCUUUGUGUCCUUGUUUCGCAUCCGCACCAUCAUGAAGCAUGAUGGCACCAAGACGGAGAAACUGGAGAAGCUGAUGGUGCGCAUUGGUGUCUUCAGUGUCCUCUACACGGUGCCUGCCACCAUUGUCCUGGCAUGUUACUUCUACGAGCAGGCCUUCCGUGGCACCUGGGAGAAGACGUGGCUCCUCCAGACCUGCAAAACGUACGCGGUUCCCUGUCCCAGCCACUUUGCCCCUAUGAGCCCAGACUUCACUGUCUUCAUGAUCAAGUACCUCAUGACCAUGAUUGUUGGGAUCACGACUGGCUUCUGGAUUUGGUCUGGCAAAACCCUUCAGUCCUGGCGACGCUUCUACCACAGACUCAGUACCGGCAGCAAAGGCGAGACGGCAGUAUGAGACCCCCGUCCCCUCUGGCACACACACUCACACAUGCACACACGCAGAGGAUACUCAGCAUAGGGCUAGGGCAAUGGUUCCCUGAAGAGGGAGGAAGGGAGGCUUUUCCAAACUUUUUCUUCCUCACAGAAAGUUCG